AUGGGGAAUCAUGGUUGUGAAGAUGAUGACGAUGAUGAAGAUUUGCCACCUGGAUUUGGUCCAGCUGCUGUGAAAGACGACGAUGAUGACUUACCAGAGUUUAACUUCAAUCCCUCCACUGCACCACCGGUUACUUCUUCUCCCCGGCAAGCAGUGGAUGAUGACGAUGACGAUAUUCCUGAAUGGCAACCUCAAGUCUCAGGCCACCAGAUUCAACCUCCACCACCUCCUCCACCUCCUGGUCCUCCAUUUCAUAGCAGAGCCAUGGCCAGACCACAAGGACAACAUGGUGCUGGACCAUCAGAUGGAUGGAGACCCAAUCAAAACGCACCUAGGCAACAACAACAGUACAGUGCACGUAGGAAUAGAGGAUUUUGA